CUUCGCGUCUGAGCUCCACCAUCGUCAUUCUCGACUUCAGACAUUCGUUGCAAAAGUUGAGUAUUUUCCCUUACAUAUACACGACUCAGUCCCGUGUAAACUCUCUGUUUCUCUUCCUCCUCUUUCUCCAAAUACCGUCCACUAUCUUCUCCAUUGUCUCAAUUGACCACAGAAAACUUUCACCAUGGCAAGCAAAAGCUACAACGUUGGAGUGAUAGGCUAUGGGUUGUCCGCCAAAGUCUUCCAUAUUCCCUUUAUCCUCGUAACGCCAACCUUCAAGCUUCACUCCAUCGUGCAACGAACCCCCAAGCCCAACGACGAUGCGUCCAAAGACCAUCCUUCCGCAAAAAUUUACCACUCGGCAGAUGACAUGUUCGCCGAUUCCUCGAUCGACAUUAUCAUCGUAACCACGACUCCCGAUACCCAUUUCUCCUUCACGAAAUCUGCUCUCGAAGCCGGGAAGCACGUUUUGGUCGAGAAACCGUUUGUUCCAACCUCUGCAGAAGCACAGCAGCUGAUUGAUAUCUCUUCAAAGACCGGGAAACUGAUCUGUGUGUAUCAGAACCGAAGAUGGGACUCGGACUUCUUGACUGCGAGGAAGUUGAUGGCUGAUGGAAAAUUGGGCAGGGUGGUGGAGUUUGAAACACAUUUCGAUAGGUAUAAGCCAGUCGCACCAGAGACGUGGAAAGGAAAAUUAGGCAUGAAUGAUGCUGGAGGCGUUAUUUAUGACCUGGGCACGCAUUUGAUCGAUCAAGCUUACAUCUUGUUUGGGCUCCCCAAGACUGUCACGGCUGUUUUCGCGAAUCAAAGGAAUGAUAGCGAGGAGGAACCAGAUAGUAUUACGGUGCUAUUGAACUAUGGAGUCGCUGGACCAUUGGUUACAGUCAAGGCUGGAGUGAUGUGUAUCGACACGGAACAACUGAGAUACUGGAUCCGUGGUACAGAGGGAAGCUUCAAGAAGUUUCACUUGGAUCCUCAGGAGGAUCAACUCAAAGCUGGGUCCUCGAAGCCUGGAGACAGCGGGUUUGGAGUCGAGAGUGAGGAUCGUUCUGGGAAGUUGGUUACACUCGAGGGAGACACACAUAAGCAGACCGUCGUCAAGAACCUAAAGCCAGUGACUUAUGCGAAGCUCUACGAGGAAUUCAGUAAAGCGAUUGAAGGUGGCGGGGAGAAGCAGAUUCCGGUCAAGGCUAGCGAGGCAAGGGAUGUAUUGAAGAUAAUCGAGGCAGCAAGAGAGUCUGCGAAGAGUGGCAAGAGUGUGACUUUGUAAGCAGGUAGUCAAGAUUUCCCAUGAUAACAAUUAACGAAGCAGUCAAUAGAACAUAACUCUACCCUUGUAACUCUCCUGAUGGCUUUUUCCCUUCCUCUUUUGCAUGCUUUACAACG